AUGAUGUUCCCCAUCUUCAACAUGCCCUGCCUCCACAACCAUCACCAACCCCCUCAUGUAUUUCACUCCCGCGCCCCUCACGACGGCGAGAUAUCCUCCCCCGCAGCCACCGGCCUCGCCGUCGGCCUCAUCCUCGUCGCCCUCGUCGUCGCCGUCCUCGUCUACUUCUGGUGCUGGCGCCAGCAAGAGCCCCGAAACCAUCGUCGCGAGGCGCGCCACCGCCGCGACAACCAGCGUGACCAAGCUGCUGGUCAAAACGCGGCCGGCAAUGGAGACAGAGCGGCGGCCGCGCCAGAGGUGCAACAGGCGGCGCAGAGACAGGGCGGUGCUGCGCAGGGCCAGCAGGAAUGUCCCUUGCCGGCAGUGCCCCUGUCGCUUCAUCACCAUCAGCAUGAUGAUAAGCAUUUCCAUGGAGACCAUUUCCAUGAUCACCACCAUGAGGGUGAUCACAUCUUGGACUGCCCUGACCCCAACAAUGGUCGAACCGUGCAAAACAACUCUCACCGUCAUCGUCAUCCAGACCAUCACCAUCAUCACCAACAUCGGCACCAUCAUCAUCGUCAUCACCGCUUCAACCGCACCAACCAUCUCAUCAUCCCCCAAGACCCUCUUGCUGAGAUUGAGAGGCUCUUCAGGCCUCCGUCGCCCGGGCUCCCAGACAUCACCCAAGCAGACCUGGAGGCCAUCCUGAACGGUCUGGACGUUCCGCUGCCGAACGAUGCCGCACAGAGGAACGCAAACGCACAAGAACAGGGCACAGCCCGUCGUGAGGAUGAGUCACGAGAGAGGGGUAAGAAACGGCAUCACCAUCACCAUCGCCACCGUCGUUGUCACCGUCGUCAGAAGCGGGUAGUCAUUUAUUAA